AAUGAAUGAAUAGCGAUGGCGGAUGAAUGUUUCGUGAUUGUAUUUUACGAUAAUUUCACAAAAAAUAAUAUUUAUCACGACAUAGUUUGCAUUUCACUGUUCUGAUAGUGUCUAAUUAUUUACUAUUAUAAUGAGUGACUAAUAUCAGUACCCGUACAGUACUAACAUCAUCAACAUUCCAUAGUACAGUGUUUAUAGGAAUAUUUUGGUAUUUCCGUGAAAACAUAGAAUACUAUCAUGUCUGUAAGCGAAAAAGUAUCGCUUUCGGAUGCUUUGACAAACGUAGAUGUGUUGGAUGAGCUUACAUUACCCGAUGAGCAGCCAUGUAUCGAAGCAGCCCCCUGUUCCAUCCUGUACCAGGCCAACUUCGACACAAACUUCGAGGACCGGAACGGGUUCGUCACUGGCAUUGCCAAGUACAUUGAAGAAGCUACAGUUCAUGCCAACCUGAAUGAGCUCCUGGAAGAAGGCAAUGCCCACGCGGUGAUGCUGUACACGUGGCGUUGCUGCAGCCGCGCCAUCCCGCAGCCGCGCUCCAACGAACAGCCGGACCGCGUGCACAUUUACGAGAGGACUGUCCAGGUCCUGGCGCCGGAGGUGGACAAGCUGCUGCAGUUCAUGUACUUCCAGCGCAAAGCGAUCGAGCGUUUCUGUGGUGAGGUCCGUCGUCUGUGCCACGCUGAGAAGCGACGCGACUUCGUGUCUGAAGCGUACCUGCUCACGCUCGGCAAGUUCGUCAACAUGUUCGCCGUGCUCGACGAGCUGAAGAACAUGAAGAGCUCCGUGAAGAACGACUACUCAACGUAUAGAAGAGCGGCUCAGUUCCUAAAAGUGAUGUCGGACAGCCAGAGUCUGCAAGAGUCCCAGAACCUCUCCAUGUUCCUCGCCACCCAGAACAAGAUCCGAGACACUGUCAAGGAUGCUCUGGAGAAGAUUAAUGGCUAUGAGGAGUUGCUUGCAGAUGUAGUGAACAUUUGCGUUCAUAUGUACGAGACGAGAAUGUAUCUCACUCCGUCAGAGAAACACAUGCUGGUCAAGGUGAUGGGUUUCGGCCUGUUUCUGAUGGAUUCCGACGCUUGCAACAUCAACCGGUUGGACCAGAAAAAGAAGAUUCGCCUCGAUCGCAUCGAUAGGAUCUUCAAGAAUCUGGAAGUAGUGCCUCUGUUCGGUGACAUGCAGAUCGCUCCAUUCAACUACAUCAAGAGGUCGAAACAUUAUGAUCCUAGCAAAUGGCCGAUGUCCUCGAGCGCUAACCCCCCCUCCCCGCAAGCGGACCUGAUGGUCCACCUGCCGCAGAUCAGGGAGCAGCAUCAGAACUACAUCUCCGAGUUGGCGCGGUACAGCAACGAGGUGACUACAACGUUCAAAGAAGCUGGCUCAGACGCCGAGAACAAGGCGGUCACUGAACUCUGUCUGCGGGGCUUACAGCUCCUGUCCUCCUGGUGUUCUGUCUUGACCGAAUUGUGUUCGUGGAAGUUGCUACACCCUACGGACCACGCCAGCAAUCCAAGAUGUCCGCCGGACGCUGAAGAGUAUGAGAGGGCGACCCGCUACAACUAUACGUCAGAAGAGAAAUUCGCCAUGAUAGAAGUGAUCGCAAUGAUCAAAGGAUUACAAGUCCUAAUGGCCAGGAUGGAGACAGUCUUCGCUGAUGCUGCAAGGAGGUCUAUUUACGCUGAGCUGCAAGACUUUGUGCAGCUGAUACUGAGGGAGCCAUUGAGGAAAGCUAUUAAGAAUAAGAAGGACUUGAUAAGGAGUAUAAUAGUGUCAGUACGCGAGACAUGCGGCGACUGGGCACGCGGCUGUGAGCCGCAGCAGGACCCGGCACUGCGGGGCAAGAAGGACGGCGAAGCUAGCUUCACCAUCAAAGUGCCCAGGAGGAAUGUCGGCCCGUCAUCAACACAGCUGUACAUGGUCCGCACUCAGCUGGAAGCGCUGAUAUCGGACAAGUCCGGCGGGCGGCGGACGCUGCGCAAGGACCUCGACGCCAACACCCUCGCCAUGAUCGAGAACUUCCACCGGCUCAGCUUCUACUGGCCGUGUGUGCUCAACUUGUCAGAUUCCCUCCAGAAGUGUUGCGAUCUGUCCCAGCUCUGGUACCGUGAGUUCUAUCUCGAAAUGACUAUGGGCAGAAAAGUCAACAAAUGCACAGUUCGCCACCAACAUAACGAAGAAUGCAAUGACCUGAUCACGAUGGAGAAGCGAAUACAGUUUCCAAUCGAGAUGUCCAUGCCUUGGAUCCUGACUGAGCACAUCUUGAGGAGCAAGGAGCCUUCAAUGAUGGAAUACGUCCUCUACCCCUUGGAUUUAUACAAUGACAGCGCACAAUACGCCCUGACAGUCUUCCGCAAACAAUUCCUGUACGACGAGGUCGAGGCUGAGGUCAACUUGUGUUUCGACCAGUUCGUCUACAAGUUGUCCGAACAGGUCUACGCACAUUAUAAGCAAUUGGCUGCCAGCAUGUUGCUGGACAAGCGCUACCGCGCGGAGUGCAGCGCGCGCGGCGCGGGCGCGACGCCGCCGACGGGACGCUACGCCUCGCUGCUGCGCCAGCGCCACGUGGCGUUGCUGGGCCGCCACGUCGACCUCUGUGCGCUGGUGGCACAGCGCAUCAACGCUGACAUGCAUCGAGCGCUGGACGCGGCCGUCGCUAAAUUUGAAGCUGGCGACAUCACGGGAGUCGUGGAACUCGAGGGCCUGAUAGCGGUGAAUCGCCUCUGCCACAAACUUCUCAGCCGCUUCCUCACAUUGGACGAGUUCGACGCAAUACUGCGCGAGUCGGACCACGGUGUGCUGGCACCGUACGGCAGAGUGGCGCUGCACGUGUUCUGGGAGUUGAACUACGACUUCCUGCCCAACUACUGCUAUAACGCUGCCACGGACAGGUUCGUCAAAUGCCGCGGCAUCCAGUUCGCCGCGGGGGUGCAACGCGAGCGGCCCCAGCAGUCCGGGCACGCUUUGCUAUGGGGCUCCAAACAGCUGACUUUGGCUUACACAACGCAAUACGCUCAGUAUGCUGGGUUCGUCGGGGCGCAGCACCUGCACGCGCUGGUGCGGAUGCUGGGCUACCAGGGCGUGGCGGUGGUGGUGUCGGAGCUGCUGGACGUGGCGCGCGGGCUGCUGCACGGCGCGCUGGCGCAGUUCACGCGCGCGCUGCACGCCGCGCUGCCGCGACACUGCAAGCUGCCCAGAUACGACUACGGCUCGCCAGGCGUGCUGGGCUACUACCACGCACAGUUGACAGACAUAGUGCAGUACCCUGACGCCAGGACGGAGCUGUUCCACUCGUUCAGGGAGCUCGGCAACAUCAUACUCUUCUGCAUGCUAAUCGAACAGGCAUUGAGUCAAGAAGAAGUGACGGAUCUCCUUCACGCGGCGCCCUUCCAGAACCUUCUACCACGAGCUUUCGCAGCGGAUGGUGAGAAACCCGAGACCAAACAGAAGAGACUGGAGGCCAAAUACGCGGCGUUGCAGAUAGUGCAGAACGUAGACAAGUACGGGACAGCAAAACAAAGCCAACUGGCGCGCGAGGGGGACCUGUUGACGAGAGAGCGUCUGUGCUGCGGCUUAUCUCUGUUCUCCGUGGUGCUGCGGCGGCUGCGCGCCUGUCUAACGGCGCCGCAGUGGCCCUCGCCGCCCGCGCAGCACCACGCCCUCAACACCGACGACACUGUCGAGUUCCACAGGCUGUGGUCCGCCCUGCAGUUCCUGUACUGCAUCCCCGUCGGUGACACGCAGUUCACUGUGGAGGAGUUGUUCGGCGAGGGCCUCCACUGGGCUGGGUGCACCAUCAUAGCGCUGCUGGGGCAGCAGCGGCGCUUCGAGGCGCUCGACUACUGCUACCACAUCCUCAGGGUGCAGCGGGUCGACGGCAAACACGACAACGUCAAGGGCAUCCCGCUAAAGAACAUGGUGGACCGCAUCCGCCGGUUCCAAGUGCUGAACUCUCAGAUCUUCGGCAUCCUGGCGCGCCACCUGGCGGCCGACGACGAGCGCGCGGGCGUCGAACACGUGCGCUGCUUCCCGCCGCCCGCCGCCGCCAACCACUGAGCCGCAGGGGUGAGAAACGAGCGAGAAACACAUCUAAAUAUGCGAGAAAUACAUCUAAAAUGUCAGUUGCAUACCGUCAGUCUUUUACCUUGCGAGAAACACGUGUAAACGCAUCAGAAAAUCUGAUUCGUACUAAUGUACAGAACGAUGCACAAAAUACAUUUCAUCAAAUUGAUGUGUUUAUAUGGUAUACAAUAAAAAGCAUCUUUCGAUCUAAAUGUAUAUUAAUUCAAUGAAUAGCGACUGAUUUUAUGACUUUAUAUAUAAAAUUACGUAAAAUUGUCGUAUAGCGAUUACAGUGAGACAGUGAGGUGGGCUCACUAGCGACACCAUCAUUUUUUUAUCAAUUUAUUUUUAUGUGUAAACUAAAACUGAAAAAAUUAUUGUACGCUAGUUAAUGUGCGUGUUAUUAAGAGUUCUGAUUGAGAAGGAUGUUCAAAUGAAACCAAUGACUGUGCAGUUCACGAAAGUCCGGGUAUAUUGUCCGAAAUACGCAUUAAAAAAUUACAACUCACAAAUAUUACGUAACGAUUUAGAAUAUCGAAAUUUAUGCCGUUGACAUGCCUAUAUCAACUGACGCGCGGGGAACGACUGGUUUGUCGCGCACCGCAACACAUUCAUUUGCAGCGUCAGCUCUAAAUAAGUACAGUAUGUAACACAUGAGUCCCUACGAUAUAAAUUGUGCUACACUAGAUAAUAUAUAUAUUUUAAAGUAUAGGUAAUUGUUUUCUAUUGGACACAGUAGGCGCAAUUUACUAAAAAGAAAAUGGAGGUAUCGUUAUCAUAAUUGAAAAUCUUUAAAGUAAAAUAUAAAAAAUUUUCUUUAAGAUGACUAGUAAACAAUUAUAAAAACUAAUUAAUUAUGCUAAACGUAUAAGAUAGGUGAAUACAGUUCUUGGUUACAACUCUAGCAAAUUUAUAAUAAUACUAUCUAAUGAAAUGUAACGUUAUCACCUGUGAUGUUUUAAAAGUUUUCGUUAUAUUAAAAGAAUAUCGAUAAGAAAAUAUGGCGGCGUUAGUGAGCCGGGCGUUCUUUCAGGUAGAUUAUGAAGCAUAUUGUUUUAAUUCCUUAGAUCUACGAUUACUGUUUAUAAAAUAUUUUUAUACGAAAGCCAUUUAAAAAAAUGAAAUUUUUCUCAUUUAAAAUCAUUCCUGUAUUAUGUAAGACUAAUGAUUUGUGGAAUGUAAACCGAUGAAAUUUUUUACAAACACCUUUUUGUUUUACAUUAUAAAGGCGCAAUAGACUAUUCGCGUAAUGCCAUUGUCCUUUUGCAUGGCAUUGUGUCACUGUAUCAUAACGCCAAAUGAAUUGAGAUUCAUAUACUAUGUCCGCACUGAACGAAUGUGUUUCUAUCUCUUUUUAGCAUACUGUGUAAUCAUACAACAGAAAGAGUCAAGUAAAAGUUAAGAAAAUUGAUUUUUAACGAACUACAUAUUUUGCCAUUGCAAUAUGAAAUAGAAUGGUCAAGAUUGGUUGAUAAACACCCAGGAGAUAAACACCCGACAGGAGACAUCUAAUUUCUUCCCUUUCUUAACGAACUGUAUAACUGCUGAACUAAGUGUGGACAUUGCAUAUUAAAAAUGAAUUUCAAACAUGUAGACUACAUAUUUUAGAUAUACCUAGAUAUUGAUAUUUUUGUUUUAUCUAAAGGCGGCUAAAAACUAUCACCGAACUCGGACAAACUUCGACCCGAAUGCACGCCAAUAUUGCGUAGUUAGUAUGAAAGCUUUAUAUACCGCAAUGUAUAGCGAAUCCGCCAAAGCUCCGCGAACUGCAGACAUACCACGAAACAUAUAAACACGUAACACGAUACUAACGUCCACAUGCUGUCUCUUUUUCUCAUAUCGAGUACGCAUCGUGUAAAAGUAGUAUGUGUGGACGUGUUACGUGUUUUAUGGUAGCCCCCGUUUCGCGAUAAUGUAUAGCCGGCAUAAUAUAGGCAAAUAAAUGGAUUAUUUCAUAGCUUUAGUAGAUUGAUAAAAGUAUUCAAUAAAUGUAUUCUCAAAUAAAGAAUUAGUGUUAAGUAUAAUAUUGUAUUUUAGAAUUAACAUAACCAUAUGUUACAUUUUUUAUUCAAUAAAUAUAUUAAAUAAUC